GCGUUAUUUUAUGUGCUUAAAACGAUAUUUAAAGUGUUAAUAAAUGGAUUUAAAAGAAAUAAUUUUAAACGAGUUUAAAUUAGGAGAAGAUGCUCUAAAUAGAAUAAUUGCCUUCGGAUUGGAAGCUGAUGAUUUACAAUUUUUAACAGAAGAUGACAUAAGGGAACUUUUUCCAUUAAACAUGCUUCGUUCUAGAGUACGUUUUCGUGCGAAAAUAAAUGAUUGGAAGGAAAAAUUAUCUUCAGAUACUUCGUUUGAUGCUGAAAAUUUAACGGAAUCUAGUCAAAACUCACAACCAUCGCUAAAGUCUUUACUGCAAAUUAUGCAAGAAUCAUCGAAUGGCAGAAGGAUUCUCCAAUACUAUGAAGAAAAUUCAAAUCUUAGCAAUAAAGAAAGAGAAGGAAUAAUUGAAAUUAUUUUAGAUGAGUACUGCAUUUACCAGAAACGUAAACUUAAACCAGAAGAUAUGAAAACAUUAGCAGACGAAAUAAUUCAAUUGUUUCCAUGUGAAAAGAAAAACUAUGACUAUUACUACAUUCCUCGUCAACGAAAGAAAAGUCCCAGCGGGAAGUUGUUUUCAAAAUAUUUUAACAUUCGAACAAAACUACGUAAAUUAAGCGAAAGUCAUAAAGCAGCUUUUGAAAACGAUGAAUCUAUGGAAAUGGAUCAGGUUGUGGUUAAAACUGAAGCUGUCGAAUAUAUGGAUAUAAGUGUCAACCUUUCUUUAAAAAAUGAUUUAUCAAAAGACACCAUUUCCUGGGACGAAGUACUAGAUAAAUGGCGGCAAACUUUUACUUUACGACAAAGUGAUCUUACAACAUUUACAUAUGUUGAAUUUUUAUCUCAAUGGCCUAAGCUGAAAGAUGAAAGAGCUCCGCAAUUGAUCAACAUCGAUUUUGGAUUUUUAUUUCCAAAAAAACAAAAUUUAUUAAAAACUAAAUGGAGUGACUUCAAGAAUAGAGUACGCUUGUAUUAUGAAACAAACAUUCGUAAUAGCAAAUCUAGGGAUCUCUUCGUUUUGUCCAAAAUUACAAAAAAAUUAGAUUGCGAAGACUAUAUCUUAACUUUACUACUAAACUCAGUUCUUUUACCAACUGCAGUUUUUAAGAAUGGUGAAGGGAAUAAAUCAAAAAAGGUAUCAAUUGAGGAUGCAAAUGAAGGCUUAGUAAUGGAAUUACUUUCAAUCAACGAUUGCCAUAAAAAAAUUGAAGAACUAAAUAGCAAAUAUUAUGAAACAAAUUCAGGAAUUCAACCAUACUUAAUAGUGGAAGGAAAUCCUUCAGAAGGCUUGAAAUCUUUUUACAUUUACUUAAGUGGAACUAUAUACAAAUUUAAUUCCUUCUUGGAUAGUUUGGAUAUUUGUUUUAAAUUGUACCAUGUUCUGAAUUUGAAAUACCCUAAAGUAUGUGAGAUCCCUUGGACACUGAUUCAGAAAUACUUAUUUGAAAUUGACACUGCUAAUGAUUUGAAAAAUGCAAAUUUGAGUGUAAUGUUAACGUAUUUGCAAAGUGAAAAUUAAGUCAUCAAAAAUAAUUGUUUAAAAAGAACACAGGUAAUAGUUAAAAAAAAAUGAAAAAAAAAUUAUUAAUCUUUAGUGCUAGAGUUCAUGUAUACAAAUUUUCAAUUGGCAAAAUUAAUCAAGUGUACCAAGUAUCAAAAAUACAUGUACCAAAAUCAAUCCUUAAAAAUUACUCACCCAUAUUUAGAAGUUUUAAUUGUUUUACUCUCUAACUAUUUAUGCAUUACAAAACGAAAAAGUUACGAAAAAGACGACUAUUUUAAGAAGUAACGGUCCAUGUAUACAUAUGACUGAUAUUAGGUCGUAAAUGGUAGAUUAUUUUUUUUUCAAUUAUUUUUCUACAUUUUUUUAAUUUUAUGUUUUUUGAUUUUUGUCUGCAUGAUAUGCUCUGUAUGUUUCCCAUGCUACAAAACUUCAAAAUAAAAAUUAUUUUUAACCAUUCAACGAGAUUAGAAGUUAGUAUAUACUAAUUGUUUUCCUAUUUUUUUUAAGGAUUGUUUUCAAAUUAUAUUCAGUGUUAGACACUGCAUAUGGCUUAGUAAUUUAACAUAGUACCGUUGUUUUGCAUCAGUUCUGUACUGUAAUGGAAAUCAGUCUACAAGAUACGUAUCGUUUUUUUUUUAAAACUCUUAGUUCUUUGAUACAAUUAUUUAAACUUAUUACCUUACUUUAAAUAACAUUACAUAUCGCGAUUGUGUACGAGUGCAAUUUAUAUUACAUAC